GGUCGCUUGAAUCGAACAGAAACGACCAGAGGCUGCAUCGCCGGUGGUAUAUAUGUAUCUCUUAUCCCCGCUUUUUAUACAUCAUCAUUUCAUCGCCCACUUCAACUCAUUGAAUGAAAGGUGUCUGCAAUGUCUGAACCAAAGUACCUUGAGGAACAUGUAAAUUUUGUUCAUCCGGAAUGGACACGGUCGCAGGCUACUAGUAACAACUUAGGUAGUUAUACCGUCGAGAUCGAAGCGAAUCAGCACCAUAUCAACCUGAACAGCAACUUGGAUGCGAAGAUCCAAAAUCCAUUAUCUGGAAUUCCAACGACUUUACUAUACGAUCAGGUUAAAUCAUUUGCAACUAAGCAUCGAUUGCUCUUUGUCCUUCCAAUAUUGAUUAAAGGGGCGCUGGUGGCACAAGAUCCAACCAGUUACGAAGAUAUUAGAGGUGAAAAUGCCCUAAAUGAAGAAGAGAUUGAAUCCUUGAGGGACGAGAUUCUACAUAGAUGGAAACAGCCAUGGGCGUUAUAUAUCACCAUCAUUACAUGUUCCAUUGGAGCUGCCGUUCAAGGAUGGGACCAAACAGGUGGGUUAACUAUGAUCUUUCAUGCUCGCGCUGAAGAUGGGAUUUGAGAGCAAGAAUUAAGGUGGUUUUGUACAAUCGAAGUUGAACCGAAUACAAACCUUACAACGACUCAAAUAGGAACAAUCUCUCCUCGCGGUCCUAGUGGGCUCAGAUAAACUAUAGCUGCUCAAACGGUGCAAAUUUAUCGUUCCCGGACCUCUUCGACAUCGGGGGAAAAUCUACCCGCGAUACAAUGCUAGUUGGACUCUGUAACGCCGCCCCAUAUAUCAGCAGCGCAUUCAUAGGUUGUUGGAUUUCUGAUCCUCUCAACAAUUACUUUGGUCGCCGGGGAACCAUAUUUGUCGCCGGAAACUUCUGCCUUUGGAGUGUAAUUGGUAGUGCGUUUACAACAACAUGGCAAGAGCUUUUCAUAUGUCGCCUUAUACUAGGACUUGGGAUGGGUGCAAAAGCUUCGACGGUUCCGGUCUAUGCGGCGGAAAAUUCACCUGCAGCUAUUCGAGGUGCGCUCGUUAUGUCCUGGCAAGUAUGGAAUGCUUUUGGGAUCUUUCUUGGCUUUUGCGCAAACUUAAUAGUCGCCAACGUCUCUCGAAUAGCCUGGCGCCUUCAACUCGGCUCUGCAUUUAUACCCGCCGUACCUCUCUGUAUCCUUAUCUUCUAUUGUCCGGAAAGUCCCCGCUGGUAUAUGAAGAAGGGGCGAUAUCCAGAAGCAUAUCAAUCUUUGUUAAAACUCCGGAACAAUCCCCUCCAAGCUGCGCGUGAUCUUUACUAUAUACACUCACAGCUUGAGCUGGAAGCGGAGAUUGUUGGAAACCAUACCUACUUGACACGGUUUACACAGUUGUUCACAGUGCCUCGGUUAAGAAGGGCCACACUGGCUACCUUUACAGUUAUGUUGGCUCAACAAAUGUGUGGAAUCAAUGUCAUUGCGUUUUAUUCAUCUACUGUAUUUCAGAAAGCUGGUGCUGGGAGGAUCAAUGCACUUCUGGCUUCAUGGGGGUUUGGUCUAGUCAAUUUUAUCUUUGCAUGGCCAGCUAUAUGGACAAUCGAUACUUACGGCAGACGAACGCUGUUAUUAUUUACGAUUCCUAACAUGGCUUGGAGUAUACUUGCUGUGGCACUUUGUUCAUUGAUACCUGAAUCCAGUCGAGCACAUCUAAGUCUCAUGGCCCUGUUCAUAUAUGUUUAUGCUGCUUUCUAUAGCCCCGGAGCAGGCCCAGUUCCAUUUACAUACUCUGCCGAGGUGUUUCCGCUAUCACAUCGUGAAGUUGGAAUGGGCUGGGCUGUUGCUACGAACUUCUUUUGGGCCGCUGUAUUAAGUAUUACUUUACCUAGAAUGCUUGAUAUAUUUACUGUUGCCGGAACUUUCGGCUUCUACGCUGGAUUAAAUAUCUUAUCGUUAUGCAUGAUAUUUUUAUGGGUACCAGAAACCAAGCAACGUACACUCGAAGAACUAAACUUCGUGUUUGCUGUUCCCACACGCACACACAUGCAUUACCAGCUCACGAAGGCUCUACCAUGGUGGAUAAAACGAUAUGUAUUGCAGCAGAAAUAUGCAACCCUCGAACCACUAUACAAUUUUGAAAAACCAAUAGGUCAGCGAGAAAUCAACGAAUUAUAUGAAAAUGAUAGGUUGAGAGCCCAGAGGAGACAGAAUAGUGAGUGGAUGGCGAAGCGUCAAAACCAAAGUUUUAUUGGAGGGGGGGAUGCUCCGAUUGGAAGCACUCCAAUAGGCAGGAGGGAUCUAUGAUGUCUCAUCAUAGAGGUACUGUACAUUAUGUCAAAAAAGAUUACGGCGUCCAAUUUUUCUACUGAGAUAUUUACCUCUAAUCUCAAUCAAUUUGCUAAUCAAAUCGAUCUUCCAUAUACCAUUCCAAUGAAGAGAAUGGAAUAGAGUUACGUACUCUUUAACUCUAUACUGUGAAUCGACCUAAGAUCUUUGGUUUCACUGCUUCAAGUUGACUUGCAGAUGUAAAAUUGCGCGGAAUAAUCA